CACACAGCGCAGCUCCUGCCGGGAAGCUUUGGUCGGUCGGGGGCCAUUUGGGCGCAUUUCUUCUUCUCUCCAGCUAAAAUACACGCUUUAACUCAGAACUAAGAAUCCAAAUUAAGAUAACUAAAUCGAGCUAAACCACGAUGAGCGCGAUGAACGUGAAGAAGCUGAAGGUGAACGAGCUGAAGGACGAGCUGAAGCGGCGCCAGCUCUCCGACAAGGGGCUGAAGGCCGAGCUCAUGGACCGGCUGCAGGCCGCGCUGGACGCCGAGGCGCUGGCCGGGGAGCCGGCCGACGCGGCCGAGGCGGCCCCGGAGGACCAGGAAGGGGAGCAGGAGGGGGAGCCGGAGGAGCUGGACCAGGAGGACCAGGAGGAGCAGGAGGAGGAGGAGCAGGGGGAGCCGGAGCAGCCGCAGGCCGAGGAGAGCAUGGACGCCACCGAGGAGGAGCCGGAGAACGGCGCGGCCGCGGCGGACGAGGAGAUGGUGGAGGAGGAGGACGACAUGGACGCCAUGCUGAAGGAGGAGGAGGAGGAGGAGGACAAGCCCGGGGACCCGCCCGCUGAGGGGGAUGCGGACAAAGACACGAAUGCUGAUCAGAAGAAUAAGAAGGGUGUUAAGAGACGCCGGGAGGAACAUGGAAGGGGCUACUUUGAAUUUAUUGAAGAGAACAAAUACAGCUGUGCCUCUUUUAAGUCUCCCGUACCCCCUCUGGAGGAAGAAGAUGAAGAGUUUGAUGACACGAAGGUCUGCUUGGAUACCUACAACUGCGACCUACACUUUAAGGUGUCACGGGAUCGCUACAGUGCCUCGUCCCUCACAAUGGAGAGCUUUGCUUAUCUCUGGUCUGGAGGCCGAGCCACUUACGGGGUGAACCAAGGCAAAGUUUGCUUCGAGUUGAAGAUUACAGAGAAGAUCCCAGUGAAGCACAUUUCCAGCAAGAACAUGGAGAUCCACGAUGUGCAGGUUGGAUGGUCCCUGGCGACUGGAAACCUGCUUCUAGGUGAGGAGGAGUUUUCCUACGCCUACUCCGGGAAAGGCAAGAAGACGACCAACUGUGUCACCGAGGACUUUGGAGAAACUUACGAGGAGAAUGACGUCAUCUGCUGCCUCCUUGACUUUGAGGGCGAGGAGGUGGUCUUCUCCUUCGCCAAGAACGGCGGCGAGCCGGCCGUUGCCUUCCAGGUCAGCAAGGAGACCCUGGAAGGCCGUAACCUUUUCCCUCACGUCAUCUGCCACAACUGUGCCGUGGAGUUCAACUUCGGCCAGAUGGAGACGCCGUACUUCCCCCAGCCGACGGGCUACACCUUCAUGCAGCAGGUUCCUGUUGCUGAGCGCGUGCGUGGGAUGAAGGGCCCGCAGACCAAGGCCGACUGUGAGAUCAUAGUGAUGGUCGGUCUGCCAGGCUCAGGCAAGACCACAUGGGUCAAGAACCACGUCCAAGAGAACCUGGGGAAGUACUACAUCCUAGGCAGUGACACUAUCGUGGACAAGAUGAUGAUCAACAGCCUGAAACGCCAGUCCAAGGACAUCACGAAACUGACGGCGAUCUCCCAGAGAGCGCCGCUCUUCCUGGGGAAGUUCAUCGAGAUCGCAGCUCGCAAGAAGAGAAACUACAUCUUGGAUCACACCAACCUGUCUGCUCCGGGCCAGAAGAGGAAGAUGUGCUUGUUCGCCGGCUUCCAGCGCAAGGCGGUCGUGGUCUGUCCUUCCGACGACGACUACAAACAGAGAGUCCAGAAGAAGGUGGAAGGCGACGGGAAGGAAGUCCCGGAGCACGCCGUGCUCAAAAUGAAGGGUUUCUACGCUCUGCCCGAUGAGGGGGAAAGCUUCAGCGAGGUAGUUUUCGCCGAGCUGCCGAAGGAGGACGCGGGCAAGCUGCUGGAUCAGUACAAGGACGAGAGCAAGACGGCGCUGCCGGCGGAGAAGAAGCCCAACCAGGGCAGCACGACGCCCAAGAGGGGCGGCGGCGGCGGGCCCCGCGGAGGCGGCGGCCGGGGGGGCAAGAACCAGUUCGGCCGCGGCGGGCCGGGCCAGCGAGGAGGCGGCGGUCGCGGAGGCUUCCAGAACAGAGGAAACUUCAGAGGCGGUCCCGGACCCCGUGGCGGCUUCAACCGUCCUCCCCGCGGCUUCCUGCCCCCCCCGGCCUUCAGGGGAGGCUACCCCAACCGGGGGAACUUCAGCCGCGGCGGCGGCCCCAUCCCCAGCCUGGGCGCCGCCCACCGGGGCGCCAUGAGGGGCAACAUGGGCCCCCGGGGCGCGCCCAUGAACAGAGGCGGCCACAUGAACAGGGGCAACAUGAACCGGGGAGGUGGAGGCCACAUGAACCGUGGAGGAAACCGGGGGCACCCGGGCCAGUUCCAACAGCGAGGCGGUAACCGCGGCAACUUUGGCGGCAACAAGAACAGGGACUUUGGCAACAACAGGAACAGCGGAAACUAUGGCAGCAGAAACGGCAUGGACAAGGCCCAGGCCUUCAACCAGAGCUGGCAGCAAGGGUUCUGGAACCAGAAGCCCUGGAGCCAGCAGUACCAGCCCGGAUAUUACUGAGACACUUGUUCUAAUGGACUGGUGGCCCGCAAGUGAGGCUCCACCACAAGCCACGGGACAUCCCCCCGCCCCGCUUUUCUUUUGUUUUUUUUUUAACUCUGUUUCCUUAGAACCCACUUUUAAUAAUCCGAGACUGACGUGAUGUGGAGCAACAACAUUCCAUCAGUCGAGACAACCAGAUGAAACGAGUGUAAUCGAGGCUUGAUUGUCGUACAUAUAUAUACACGUGUACAGUGUGGGUUCAGACACGUUCAAUCAUUGUUCUUUAUUUCUCUCCCCUUUAUUUUUGUUGUAUAUUUCACUAUGUUUCAACCACUUUUAAAUUUCAUGCUUUUAAGAAGAAGACAAAAUCUUUGUAAUAUCAGGAAUGGGAAACUUGCCGAUCGGGCAAUUCUAAAAAAAAAAAAAGAAAAAAGACAAAACAAAAAAAGGAACUUUUUUUUUUUGCAGGUUGUGCAUUUUAUCUGUGCUGUGUUUUUUUUUGCUUUUUUUUUUUUGCUUUUUUAAUUUUAAUUGUUAUUACAAAUUGUAAAUAUAUUUUUGCAUAGUUUUGUUGAAGUUAAAGAAACAAUUGAAAGGAACCUGGACUUCUUCUGCAGGAAGUGUGCUAGAGUAUUAUAUUAGACUGUACAUGUUUUACUAGUCUACUGUCAAACAGUUAAAAGUCAAGCAGCAGGUGAAUCAAGUUCUGUUAUUUUGUUCCCAUCGUCCAGACUGUAACAAACUUCGUAGACUUACAAUAAACUACUUGUUUGCUUUUUUACAUUCUUCCUGCCUUGAGACUUUUGAUUCGGUUCAAAGGGGCGUAAAAGACCUUUGAACGGGCCGCGGCCGGGUUUGGUAGGUCCAACGGCGCCGGCGGCUCCAGCAGGCCCCUGAUUUUAGUUUAAACCGUCUUUUAUGAUUCCUGUCAUUCCUAGUCACGUAGUUUGGAUGUGUUUUCCUUUUUAAGAGAGUAUUUUGGCCAAGCCAUCUUCAGGAUAGAAGUAAGCCAUCUGUAAUCUGCUAUGCCUUUUUCGUUCAUGUUUUUAUUUUCAGAUCUGAGCACUGAUUUAUGAGUUAGGUUCCUUCUCAGGAGAACAUGUUUUCUACGCUAGAUUGUCUGUCUGUAUUUUAUCAGCAGUUCCUUGGUGCAGUAAACUCGAGGAUCCGUCGACAGCGACCCAAGGAUGCGGCGCCGCCGCUCGUUCCCACCAGCAACUAAAGAGCGACGCCGUGCUUCCACACAACCGGCAACUUCUUCAAAUCCGUUUUUAUCCUCCGUCUGAAAGCACUCCACGCGUUUGUGUCGCGGACUUCAGUCCAAACGGCUCAUGUGUUUUAAUUUUUUUUUUUUUUCUCCACAUUGUCUUGUUUUCCUGAAUAAACGAGACUUGGAGGUCAGACGAACCCAAAAGA